CACACUUGAAAGUAAGUAACGGAGUUGGAUUAAACGGGAAUAAUGUGAUUAUGACUUCUAGAGUACGUGUUCAAUAUUUUUUUUUCGUCAAACGUGCUCAACAAAUUUUGGACUAAUACCUAUGAUUUUUUUUUUUUUUACAAGUAAAUACCUAGAAAUUUGAUUGAAUGUUUAACAUAUGGAUUAGGAAGAAAUAAAGGCUUAGCAAAUACUUAAUUAAUUUGGGAAAAUUCUAAAUUUUCGUGAUGACCAAAACUCCAUAAGCCACAUAAACUUUCAUGGGCCGACACGGAAAGUUUUGGGUAAAAGACCAGGAAAUCAGUCCAAUUAAAAUUCGUGCCAAACAACUUGUUUCAUCUUGGGCCAUCGCCAGGCCCGCCACCGCUCAGGCCCAAACGAUUACUGCGUAAGCAGCCUAGCUAGCGAACCCAUCCAUUCUAGACUCUAGAGUCUUCUUCUCGUCUUGUCUCCGUCGGGAAACUCAAAUUUUUUGUAUUUCCCCUUUCCCGGCAGUUACUGAGGCAAGCAGAAGAAAUAUGUCCGAUCACGUUCCCUUUGAUCUCGUCACCAAGAUUCUCCUCCGCCUGCCGGUGGCCGCAAUCCUACGCUGGCGCAGCGUCUGCAAACGUUGGCAGGCUUUGAUCGACAGCACAGAGUUCAGCAAGCUCCAACUCAACCACUCCUCCGCCACCACCAAAAAUGCCUUCCUCUUCGUCCUCGAAGACGAUGGGUGCGGAAAUGGCGACCUCCACCUCGCCACGUACAUCGACGGCCUUCGCCGGGAAACCAUUCCCAGCUUUCGAAGCAAACCACCUCCUUCAGCCCAAAUUGGCGUCAUAACCCUAAUCGGCUCAUGCAAUGGGUUGGUCUGCUUCAGCAACGACGCCGACAUGGCUAUCAUAACGAAUCCGGCCACGCAGCAGACGCACGUCACGCCGGCCAUACCGAAUCCGUUGAUGGAUUUGGUCAGCAUCGCGGAUUGCGUUUACCGCUACGGCUGCGGGUUCGUGUACGAUUCCGUCUCCGACGAUUACAAGGUUAUCAAACUUCACCAGAUGCUCAUGCUAGGGUUCGAUGCAAAUGGUGAAGAUUUUCAUUCUGAACUGGUCAUUUAUGGGGUUCGGUCGAAUUCCAGUGUAUCCGUGAAAUUCCCUUAUUUCCUAUCUGCGGAGAAGAUGGGCGUGUUUGUGGCAGGGGCAAUUCAUUGGGUAGUUCACGAUGAUCGUGAUAGGGGUGACUUGGUUGUUGGUUUCGAUUUAGGGCUCGGUGAAUGCAAGGAAAUCCCUCAGCCAGAGUACCGAAAUAGGAAAUCCCUCAAAAUUAGAAUAGGUGAGCUGGAGAAUUGUUUGUGCAUCUUUGCCAAUUACCCAGGUAGGGUGGUGGAUGUCUGGAUGAUGAAAGAGUACGGUGUUAGGGAAUCAUGGAGUAUAAUGCGAUCUAUUCCACAUCCCGGGUUGUGCUACGAUAAAAGGAUUCGUCCUCUCGGAUACUCCAUGACAGGCCAGGAGAUUCUUCUGCAGCUGGAUGAGAAGAGGCUUGUUUGGUGUGACCUGAAGAAGAAUCCUCCGGGGGUUGAUGCUUCUACGGAGAUCACCGUCAAUGGAUUGAGGAAGAAAAAGAAGAAGAACAAGAAUAAAAAGAAGUACAUAGAUGCCAUUGUUUGCUUUGGAAGCCUGGUUUCGCCCGGUGGUAUGCUCCCACCGAAGGAGCAAGUGAAAAUUGACAAGCAAAGGAAGAAGAGGGAUGGUUUCUUGUCUGCUGGGUUUAAGCUGAAGCUCUAAUACUCCUCCAACAAGGUAAUUUAUUGCUUAAUGUUUACAUUGCUGUAACGUUCUUGCCCCCAUUUACUACUUAGUAUCAUGCUCUGUGCUGAAUCGCUUGGCUAUGAAUUUGGACAGAUGCAUGUUGCAAGAUAUGUAUUAGAAUCAGUGUAGCAGAAGAAGUCAGCUGGUUCAUUGGAAGAUGCAGUGUAGAAGUGAUCAUGGUGGUGGUUAGUAAGAGAUCGUUUCAAUUAGCUUCCUAGUCCCGGUCAUGAAGCUCUCUUUUGGCCAUUUUGUUUAGAAUGUAUGUAGGAAGUUGGGAAAGAUUACCUAAUUUUUUGCCACUUUCUUAGCUCCAACUAGAACCAGGCAGAUUGCACCUAAUAGAACAAGUAGGUUUGA